AUGAGUGAUGGUAGAAAGCGACUUAGCGGAGCGGAGUACAAAAAGAAGGCCAAAAUAAAAAAAGAAGAACAAGAGCAAAUCAUACGAAAACCCACAAAAAUUGACAGUUUUUUCAAAAAUGAAAAUUGUAUCGAAAAGUCGGGAACCUCAACAAUGCAAUCUGGAAAGGAUGAAACGGACUUCAAAUCGGCUGCCCAUCUGUCAUCUGUUGAACUAUCGACUAAAGAAAAAGUUGAUGAUUGUGUUCUUGACGACGAGUGCUCCAAAAUUGAAGAUGCCUCUCGGACCGAGGUUGUUGCUGUAGUGAAGCGGCUGUGUUCAAGAGGUCUCGCUUUUAGAGGAAAAAGUGAAAAGUUCGGUGAUCCACACAACGGAAAUUAUUUUAUGAUCCUGGAACUGUUAGCUGAGUUCGAUCCUUUCUUAGCCAGUCAUAUUGAGCGGUUUGGGAAUCAAGGAUCCGGAAGUACGAGUUACUUAUCGAAAACCGUUUGUGAUGAGUUUAUACUCUUGAUGGGCCAUAAAGUCUUGAAGCAAAUUGGAGACGAGAUAAGAAGGGCGAAAUACUUUUCCUUAAUUAUCAAUUCGACACCGGAUAUAGCGCAUGUGGACCAGCUCACCUUCGUGAUCCGAUAUGUUUCAGAAACCGGAGAACCCUGUGAAAGAUUCCUCAAGUUUUUGCCCUCAGUGGGACAUAAAGCUGAAGAAAUGUUUGCUGCUAUUGCUUCGGAACUAAAAACCUUAGGUUUGAAUAUUCAAGACUGCCGUGGACAAUCUUAUGACAAUGCCGCAAAUAUGUCUGGGAUAUACAACGGCUUACAGGCUAAAAUUCAACGUCAAGCACCAUUUGCUUUUUUCGUUCCUUGCUCUGCCCAUUCUUUAAAUUUAGUGGCAACAGCGACUGCUGAAUCUUCGACACAACGCUGGAAGAUUUUGAUGACUGAAGUUGGAGAAGGCAAAACAGUCAAGAGAGUAAACCUCGCACGUUGGUCAGCUAGAGAGGAUGCGUGCAAAAGUUUGAGAGAUUCGUGGAACGAAGUCAUUAAAGCUUUGGAAGUAAUCAGGGACGAUUGCACGGAGAAGCCUGUCACACGAAACGAAGCAACGGGAAUUCUUUCAAAGUUGAACAAACUAGUAACGGCGUUAAUGGUUGUUGUGUGGAACUUUUUUUUAGAAAGAAUAAACAAAGUAAAUGUUCAAAUCCAGGCUUCUACCGUCUAUUUGAUUACCGUAUCCGAUCUUUACGAAUCUCUUCGCAAGUUUUUCGUGGAUCAACGGGAAAACUUCAAGUAUUUUGAAGAAAUGGCGAUGGAAUUAAGUGCGUCGAAGCAGUACUCAAAAGAACUCGGAAAAAGACAACCGAACAGAAAAAAAUUUGCUGACGAAACACCCGAGGAAGAAAUUAAAGAAAUGUAUCCUAAUGAUUUAGAGACUGAAUUAGUUCCAGAAUGCAUACAUUUUCGAAGCCACAUUUCUUCGCAAAGCAUUCUGGUGAAACCAGAUUCUCCAUCGUUGCAAAGUCUAUCUUCGUUUCUGCGAAAACAGAGUUUGCAGAACGUUUAUCCGAACUUGGACAUAGCCCUUCGUAUGGCCUUAUGUACACCAGCGACGAAUUGUUCGGGUGAGAGAAGUUUUUCUUGUCUAAAAAGAGUUAAAAAUUAUUUGAGAUCGACCUUGAGCGAAGAAAAAUUAAACGCUUUAGCGCUUUUGUGCAUAGAGUCAGAAUUGAUGAACAAAAUCACGUACGACGAUAUCAUCGAUGAUUUUUCCAACAAAAAAUCACGCAAAAAAGUAUUGUAA